AUGGUGGGGCAAUGGACACUGCUCCUUGCUGCCUUCCUUCUGCCGGGGUUCCUGCUCUCAGAAGCCGCCAAAAUUCUGACUGUAUCCUCACUGGGUGGAAGCCAUUAUCUACUGCUGGACCGGGUAUCUCAGAUUCUUCAAGAUCAUGGUCAUAAUGUCACUAUGCUUCUUUAUGGAGAAGAAUUUUUAAUCCCAGAUACAAAAAAAGAAUGAAAUUUCAUACAAAGUUUCAUACUUCUUCCACCUGAAGAUCAUAGAAAAGAUUUUAAUAACACUGUUGAUUUCUUUGUGACAGAAGCUUUGCAUGGCAGAAAAGUACUCAACAAACUUUUAAAGUUAAUGGAACAACUGGGAAUUCGAUGCAGUGAUUUGCUAAGGAGAGGUGAUAUCAUGGGUUCCUUAAAAAAUGAGAACUUUGACCUAGUAUUCAUUGAAGCAUUUGACUUCUGUUCUUUCCUGGUUGCUGAGAAGCUUGGGAAGCCAUUUGUGUCAAUUCUUCCCACUCCCUUUGGCAGUGUGGACCUUGGACUACCAAACCCUGUGUCUUAUGCUCCAGUAUUCAAUUCCUUGCUAACUGACCACAUGGACUUCUGGGGCAGAGUGAAGAAUUUUCUGAUGCUCUUUGAUUUCUCCAUGAAGCAAUGGCGAAUCUAGUCUACAUUUGACAACACCAUCAAGGAACACUUCCCAGAAGGUUCUAGGCCAGUUUUGUCUCAUCUUCUAAAGAAAGCAGAGCUGUGGUUUGUUAACUCUGACUUUGCCCUUGAAUUUCCUCGGCCCCUGCUUCCCAACACUGUGUAUGUUGGAGGCUUAAUGUCUAGACCUGUUAAAGCAGUACCCCAGGAAUUUGAGAAUUUCAUUGCCAAGUUUGGAGACUCUGGUUUUGUCCUUGUGGCCCUGGGCUCUAUUGUGAGCAUCUAUCAGUCCCAGGAAGUUGUCAGGGAGAUGAACAGUGCCUUUGCUCAUCUGUCUCAAGGGGUGAUAUGGAAGUGUAAUCCUUCUCAUUGGCCCAAAGACGUCAAAUUGGCAGCAAAUGUGAAAAUUGUGGACUGGCUUCCUCAGAAUGACCUCUUGGCUCACCCAUGCAUCUGUCUCUUUGUCACCCAUGGUGGAUUGAAUAGCCUAAUGGAAGCCAUCCAACAUGGUGUGCCCAUGGUGGGGAUUCCUGUCCUUGGAGACCAACCUGACAACCUGGUCCGAGUAGAAGCCAAAAAGUUUGGUGUCUCUAUUUAGCUUAAACAGAUCAAGGCAGAGACAUUGGCUCUGAAGAUGAAGGAAGUCAUUGAAGACAAGAGGUACAAGUCAGCAGCAGUGGCCGCCAGCAUCAUCAGGCGCUCCCACCCCCUGACCCCUGCUCAGAGGCUGGUGGGCUGGAUCGACCACAUCCUCCAGACAGGGGGUGCGGCACACCUCAAGCCCCAUGGCCUGCAGCAGCCAUGGCAUGAGCAGUACCUGCUGGACGUCUUCUUGUUCCUGCUGCUGGUCACCCUGGGCACCCUGUGGCUCUGUGGGAAGCUGCUGGGCAUGGUGGCCAGGUGGCUGUGUGGGGCCAGGAAGCUGAAGAAGGCCUGAUGGAGGUGCAUCCAUGAUGGGUGUUUGGGGAACCACAGGUUAUAGAGGGCUUUCCCCAGCACAGGACACCCCUGGCAUCUUCCCUGUGUUGACACUUGGGGGUGGCACAAAAUUGCUUUUCCCUAUUUUCUGCUUGUGUUUAAGAAUUCUUAUGAAGCACUCUUGGGAUUCUUAUUUUAAAUUCUAGAAAUAUAUAUAUUACAUAAAAUUUACCAUUUUAACCAUUUAGUGUAGUCAAUGGCAUUAAGCACAUUAACAUUAUCGUGCAAACAUCACUACCACCCAUUCCAGAACUGUUUUCAGCCUCCCAAACUCAAACACCCUGCUGAUCAAACAGUAAUUCCUCAUAUCCAUGCCCCCACUACCAACUCAGCAAGCUCCAGGCAACCCCGGUUGUACUUACUGUGUCUAUGAAUUAUAUCAUGGUUUCAUGAUUUGCCCCUCAUCAAUGGAUACUUUACUGAGACCCAAACCUUCAGCAGACAGCUCCACCUUCCUCCCCACUUCUUGUUCUUAGACACAGGACCCUGCUUCUUGCAUCCUGGGUGCCUAAACACUUCUCAUUCUCUCUUCCUUUUCUCCAUCCUCACUUUUUAUGAUAUGACAGAAGAUAUUGACCAGUUUUUCUAUUUUGGGCCUUCUCUUGUAUCUCUUUUUCACUUCACCUCCAAGCACAG